AUGGAUUGCGGCCCGAACCCUUUCAGAACACCCUGUUAUUCGAGUACCGCAACUUUAAGCGCCGCGUUGGAUUUAUCAGAUGAGCUUCAGACGAAAUACUCAUUCCUUCUCUCUGCCAGCAAACCUCUCCCCUUCUGCAAGCCAUCGCACUCAAAUGCUGGGUUCUACAUGUACUUCGCCUCUGUGCUCCGGAAUGCGCUGUUCGCUCUCGUGCCAGUUUCCUUCCUCCUCACCACCUACCUCUACUACUACCCCUUCUUCCAUCUAUGCGCCUUUCCCGCCCCAGAUCCCCAUGGGCCCUCAGCAUACAAGAAUACUGUGCGAAAACACAACCCCUUUGCGAAGCAUGAUCCCGAGGCGAUAGCUCCCUUCCGACUGCUUGCGCUGGGAGAUCCACAACUUGAGGGAAUCCCUCCAUACCACGAUCCUGACGCUCCUUACUUCCCAAAUUUAAAUAAGUUUUGGAGAGAUGCUUUGUUGCUGGAUGGGACGAGGCAUAAUCCUCUUCAGCGACUGAGACACAGUUUGCAUGACCUAGUGGACUUUUACCUGGAGGAUAUUCCGGACUUCCUCGAAUUCUACAGGAAACGACUGGAUCAUAUUGGGAACGAUUAUUAUUUGGGACAUAUCUACAAGACUUUGGAUUGGUGGGCGGAACCUACCCAUGUUACGGUCUUGGGGGACUUAGUGGGGAGCCAAUGGAUUGAGGAUCCUGAGUUCGAGUCGCGGGGAUGGAGGUAUUGGAAUCGGGUGAUGCGCGGGGGAGAACGAAUUCCAGAUGAGAUGACCGCACAGCCCAGCGAGCAUUUUCAGGAUUACAGAAUACUUGGAGGAGAUGCGGAAGUUUGGAGGAAGACGGUCUUGAAUGUCGCAGGGAAUCAUGAUAUUGGAUAUGCUGGAGAUCUCUCCAGGGAACGAAUGGAACGGUUUGAUCGAGUGUUUGGAAAGCCAAAUUACGAAUUGCGAUUUAGGAUGCCUAUCAAUAAUAAUCGGGAUGCGGUGGACGAGGCGGGGGCAGAGGACGCAGAAGAAACUCAUCCAGUUCCAGAAUUGCGAAUUGUGGUGUUGAAUUCGAUGAACCUGGAUACGCCAGCCAAUAUUGUAGAACUGCAAGAGGAGACCUACGCCUAUCUUAAUGAAGUCAUAACACACUCUGAGGACGUUUCUCGACCGGCGCAUUUCACUAUUCUUCUGACCCACAUACCAAUGUAUAAAAAGGAAGGCAUUUGUGUCGAUGGGCCUUUCUUUGACUUCUUCCAGGGCGACUUUGGCGGUGGUGUAAAGGAGCAGAACCAUCUUUCAGCUCCUGCCUCCAGUGGAUUCUUGGAGGGCAUAUUCGGGAUGAGUGGGAAUGUUGAUGUGCCAGGCUACGGACUAGGACGAGGUGGACUCAUUCUCACGGGCCAUGAUCACGAAGGAUGUGAUACAUAUCAUUACAUCAACCAAACCGCACCACCAGAACGCGAAUGGGAGGCGGUGACCUGGAAAGACGCAAUGAAUUCCAAACUUUACGAUGAACCUAUGAUGCCGGGUUUGAGAGAAAUCACCGUUCGAAGCAUGAUGGGUAGUUUUGCUGGAAAUGCAGGGUUAUUGAGUUUGUGGUUUGAUGAAGAAAGUUGGGAUUGGAAAUACGAAUUUGUGAAUUGUGGUCUUGGGACGCAACACAUCUGGUGGCUCGUUCAUAUUUUGGAUCUCGUCACUAUAGGUGUGGGGAUUGUAUAUGCCGUGGUGACGUUGGUACAAAUGUACAGACCAGUAGAGAGACCGGCUCCUUUGAUGACGCAGAUCAAUACCGGCAGACGAAGAUUAACGAUUUCGGGGACGAUGACACCUAAUGGAGUAACGAGUCCAUUCAGUCCAUUAAGUGCCGGCCCUAGGGAGCGGUAUGCGGGGAGAUUGCAGAGAAGUGCAACUAUUGAUACUUCCGGUCAGAUGUUUGUUCCUCAAAAUGGGUUUGGGUUUGGACCGAAAAGGGCAAGUUUGAGGAGGAAGAGAAGCAAGAGUGCGCUACCUUUGGUGACGGAGGGGAUGGUUACUGAGUCUCCGACUGUGAUGUCUCCUGGCACUGAACCUUUUCCAAGUUUAUAG